AUGAAUCAAGGCAACAGCUUUUCUGAAAGAGAUCGCGAGAGCUUGACAGUAUCCCCCCGACACGCGCAGCACUUGAUCAACAUGUCCGGCGAGCAGUUCUACAAGGAGGACAUGUAUGGGGCCAAUCCCUCCUACGCCAGCAAGUGCUUCCAAGCCCAUCCACCAGGAAAUGGCAGCUCCAAGGUCGACACUGGUCUCCAUAUUGGACAUCUCUCUCACAAGCCAAGAACACUUGUUACGAACUCAUCAGUUGUGGAUGUAAAGUUUCAUGUAUCGGCAGGUGUAAGUGUUUGAAUGCAAAUUUGACAGGCACCGGUCUGUGUUACUGUGGUGGCAAUUGCAUUAGGUAGCUAAGAACAUACGUUACGAACACAUUCGUCACAUGACCUUGCCUAUAAUCAUAGUACUCUGUUGAGUUUUGCGUUUGUUUUACAUGUCAAAUCUACUCCUUUCAUUCUUUAUGAAAGACAAAUUGCUUAUAUUCAGCACUCAAAAUAUCUCCGAAAAUAUAUUACGAAAAUAUAUUAAGAAAAUAUUUUAAGAAAAAAGCACUUUUGCCUCAAGAAACUUUGGAAAUAGUGAUGAUCUGUAAAUAUAUGAGAUUUCACCACAGGGUACCUAACCAAUUUCAACACGAUCAACAAAUGUGAUCAUAUAAUAGCGUAUAAAUUCUGAAACAGUUGUAAAAAUGUUUAUUACAAAUAAAUUAAGUUGUUAUGGUGAGUUUGUGUUGUACAGAAACAGAACAUGGUUGCCUAAGGGGAUUUUUAGCUUUCAGCCUCGUUUCCAUGCUGGCAUAUUUCAGACAUGCGCAGUUCAUGGCCCCAGGGCUCAAUUUUCCUUGGCCCUAUAUCAGGAAAUAUUCCCCAUAGGCAUAUUAGUAAUCUGUGAAAGUUUCAUGCUUUUAUCACCAAUUUGAACAAUUUUGGUCGACAACAGCUGGACUAUAAUACCAUAUCUAUAGAGUAAUUAAUAGCACGUUAGCUUUCUUUUCGUGUAAAACUACACAAAUUCACCAUCAUCACAAUCCACUGCCUCCUCAUCAAAGUCAUUGACAUUGUCAAUUAGCUCUUCAAUACUUCAUCUAUCUCACUGUUCUCAGAAUUGCUGCAUUGGCAAAGUUCAGUGCACUUCAAAUUUGCUUUAAAACAUGAGCAUAUAUUUGUUUGACAAGCGUUUUUGCAUUCGCAGUUCUAUAAAGAUGCUGCCGGCUGUCUGGAGCUGGCCCAUAGAAAUAAUAGACUUAGAAUGCCCGCUGAUAACGAAUCAUGCAUUUCUCUACUUUUUCAUAUUGCGUGUCCUUUUGAAUGCGCCAUUUUGAAUUUUAGGUCAGGAGGGCAAACUAGAAAGUAUAAACAUGAAAGCUAAAACUACGUUUUCAACGUCAAAACGUUUUGUCUUGUUGUCUAAUCUGCAGUUUGGGGGAUAGAUUUUGAGUUCCUUGAAGGCACAAACUGUUAAAGCAAAUGUGCAGUUACACAACGGUAAAAAUCGUGCACAGCCUUGCAAACACAAAGUAGUUUCGCGAAAAUAUAAUUUACUCAUAAAAAUUUUUGCAUGCUCUGCACGUAACUGUUUUGCUAAUAUCUUAUAAGAUUACAAUAUGAUAGGUCUUUCUUCGUCGGCUUUCGUUUUUCUUCAAUAAAUUGUCGAUAAACUGUAAAUUGCCUAUUAAAAAUAAUCGUCGAAAACUAUUGUUUUAAAAGCGUUGCCACAAGCUCAAGCAACGUAUAAAACUAUGAAAUGUAAUUGUGUAAGUUUAAAAAGAUUAUUGAACUCCAUUUAUAUUAUAAAAGACUUGUAAUAUUUGUAGAACAUACCUAUAUAUUGAUCAGUUUGUCUUGAUCUUUCGUGUUUUGUUUUGGCUUGUACAACAACAUAACGUUGAAAAUUUAUUUUUAAACGACGAUUUCUGCAUAUAUUCUGUUCAGAACUAUUGCUUUUCGUGAAAAAGCCCACUAGAAUGGUUUUUAGACACGUUUAAUUUUUCCAGUUUAAGUCUCUAUAUAAAUUUUUUUGCAAACUCUUCAGUUGAAAAAACAAUUCGUACUCCCUGCAACCUCGCGAAAUUCCUUGCCUCAGAAGUCUGGGACCAACCAAAAUGCCUUUUUCAAUGCGCCAUUUUGUGGAAACAAUUUUUUUACUGAGAAAAGAUUAGGAGCACGCAUUCUAUGUCUAUUAUUUCUAUCAGCAGGCCAUUGGGUCCCCCAAAAAUUAUCAGACCACGGGACCAAAAAUUUAGACAAAAGGAGAAAUUCAGAGGGAAAAUUGUAAGCAAUGGAGAGAAUUUUACCUGUUCUGUAGGAAUAAGCUGAAAAAUGCAAUUAUAAGUGCAUCCAUCUUCAUUCAUAGUGUGAUAGCAUAUAAAUGUAUAGAUUAUAGAGUGAUGUAAAAAAUGUUGCAUGGCAAAUGCAUUUUUAGCCAAUCUGGGGCACUUGAUUUUUAAAAUAUUCUGAGGAGCAUUGUCUGCUCUUUGUGUCGAGGUUUCUCCCAUGAACGGCUGCUCACUCGAGCACAACAUUCCAUUCCUUUUUCCUCAGUUAUCAUUACUCAGUUAUGCUGCAUAUAACUUUACUGCAGAUGAUAUUAAUCAGUCAUGUGUCUGCAAACAUGCUGCUAGUGUGCAUCCAAAAGCACUUGUUUAUAAAUUAUAAGACAAAUUGAAGAUUAGUUUUGUUUAAAUCUAUAAAAUAUGGAUGGAUCGAUGUUCAUCUAAAUAGUCCCAGUCUGAUUUUUUUGCAUAUCGUUUAGAAAAGUGAUUAAUGCAAUUUUCAAUAUUUGCUCUAAACGAUGUGCAAAUUGCACAGUGGUAAUUCGAACCCUGUUAAGUCAUACAUAUGUAACAAUAUCUGACAAUUCCAAGAAUAACAUUUUAGAACAGUCUAAAAUUGAUUGUCAUUAUCAUCAGAAUCUUUAUCUAGUCCAUUAUCUCUAUCAGUUUCCAUCAAUUCUGUGCUUUCCAUAUUUUCACAUUGGCAUAAUUCUGUGCAUUGUAAAUCUGUUUUCUUACAUGAGCACCUCCUGGUGUUGCACUGCAUUUCUGCACCUUCACCAGAUGGAUAUGGCUGGGCCAUAGAAGCAGCUGAUCUGGACAUCAAAUGGGGCCCAAUGGAAAGUGCUCCAGAUAGCUAGUAUUCUUGAAAUUAUGUGUAAUAUAUAAUUAUAUGUAGUUAGAUAUUGCUUUAUGGCCUUUAGGUCAUAUUGAGCACUCUACAGGAUGAGCCAUUGCUGCUUACGCAUUGUGCGCAUGCUCACUGCUGGCAGUUUGAGCACUCUGGCAAUGGUUUGAUGUCCCACAUUCGUGAGAUACCAAAGGUAACUAUUAAUACUAGUUACUUUCAUCCUGUUCAUCAGCACUACACUGAUGAGGCCCAAAAGGCCGAAACGGUACCGUCUGUAGUUAUAUAUGUAUCAGUGUAUCGAUGAAUCAUGACUGUACAACUCAUCCAACUUUGCCAUUCAUUACAAUUACUAGAAAAUUUCUUUCAAAACAUUGCAUUAAAAGGGUACAUGACACAGAGAUGAAUAUCUAUCACUGUUUCAAUUUUACAGAAACACUUUCUUACGAAGUGUAGACCCUAAUUUUCACUUCGUUCUAUCAUUGAAACUUCCCCAAGGGGAGGUGCAUAUGACGUUUCAGGAGAGGUGCAAAAAUUCACAGGGAUGUACAAAACGAUCUCAGGGGAGGUAUCCAUAGAUAUAGGAGACCUAGAUUGCUGACUUGGCUGAAGAGGCGCGCCAAAUUUGAAAAUCCAAGAUGGCGGCUCAACCGGUCAAAAAUCAUAGAGCGAGAUAGGGAAAAAACUUUUUUUUUUCAUUUUACGUCGUCCUACUGUUUCCGAUCCCGUUGAACCACCUUUUUUUUGGAAGAGGUUAACUGGUGUGAAAGUUUUGGAUGUAUAUUUGUUAUAAUUAGUACGAUUUACAGUUUAAAAUUGAACCGGGCAAGAAUGGGCAAAGACGAAAAUGGCGCGAAACUGCCGGCCUGGUUUCUUUUCCUGUGUAUUCCUUGAGUCUUUUACCAGUUUUUCUACAGUAAUGUAACGUAUAUCUGACUAUUCCAAAAGUUACUAUUAUUUAUUUUGUUCUUUCAUUGCUAUUUCGACCAAAAUACAGUAUUUUCAUCUGAAAAUUCUGGGGCAUUCUAUUCUAAAAAAUUUGUUUUUCUAUCGAAAAGAAUGCCUUGAAUCUCGGCCUGUUUUGUGUGCUGAGUAUAACUGCAAGGCCAGACGUGGGGAUUUAAAAGAUGGUAUUCGCUUGUCCUUCCAUAAGUAAAUCUAUGAAACACAUAUAUCGUAUAUUUGUACACUAUAAUAUACUUCAUAUAAACAAUAAUAUAAGACUAUUAAUUAAAAUAAGACAGCUUUUAAUAGCAUAAAAACAAUUUGUUUUGUAAAUACAAUAAUGACAACAAAUGUAGUUUUGAGCUUGUUGGCUACAAUAUAAAACUGUUUGCAGUUUUAGUAAAAGAACAUUAGACCAAAAAGAACUUCUUGUUUUGAUGUCUGUGUUAGGAGUCUAAUAUAUAUAUAUAUAUGCAUGUGGACAAUAACUUUCAUAGAGGUCCUUGUCCUGUUGAAGGUCAAAAAAAUUUGAGUUUUGUUCAUAUCAGUGAACCAAAAAUACAUAUUUCCCUUCACACUAUUUAGAUUUCCUAUAACCAAUCCCAGCCGACUAAAAAGUUGGAUAACAGCAAUGAAAUGGGCAGACUGGAUGCCAACCAAAUAUUCAGUAUUCUGCGAGAAACAACUUACUCCCAACAACUAUAUUAACCCAUUAAGUCACAUUGUGUCCUGAUGUGCCCUACUUUAUUAUUUUAUUUUGUCUAACAGCAUUACGGCAGAUGAUUUUACUUGUCAAGGGGAGAGUGUCGGUACUUAAUGGGUUAACUGGCCAUGGGUCCGGUUAACCCAUUGAGUCGCACCCUACUUUAUUAUUUUACUCUAACACCAGAUAAUUUUACUUGUCAAGGGGAGAGUGCUUACUGCUGGGCUAGUAAGGGAAAGCAAUUAAUAAAAGGCCAAUCCAUGAAAUAGCUGAAAGAAUAUGCUGUCCCAUCUAUUUUUGAUUGAUAUCAAUGAUAAAUCAAUCAGGUUUCUUGGAGAAAACUAGAUAUAGGCUACUGUGAAGGUUUUUGAUGCAUACUAGACAAAUUAGUCAGUUUCUUCAAAAUAGUUUCCAUUGAAAACUUUUGCUGUCACUAGUUCUCUUUAAAAUUCUGAUUGAUUCAUCACUUUUCACUGUCCAGGCCAUAUAGAUUUGAGAUUGCUUGACAUCUGCAGCAGCAAGGAUGUCAUCAAAGUCACACUAAACACUUGUAAACAGAGCAUCAGAGUUUUCGCACCAGCAGACCAGGUAAAUCAAGCGAAAUAGGUUUUAAACUUCAAAAUACUUCACAAUAUUAUUCCCUGUUAUAUAUCCCAACCGAGAUCCUCGAGAAAAAAAGCACCAAAGAACCAAAACAUUUAAUUUCUGCAAUAAAAUGUCUCGAACUGCUCAACCGACCAUGUAAUGAUUUUCAGAAAAUAUUUAGCGAUGAAUUAUUUCGUCUUUAUUCAACUUAAAUUGUACAAAUAUUCAUCCAAAACCUUCACACCAGUUAGUUCUUCCCCCAAAAAGGUGGUUGGACGGGAUCGGAAACAGUAGGCAGGCGUAAAAUGCGAAAAACAUGGAUUUUCCCUAUCUCGCUCUAUGAUUUUUGACCGGUUGAGCCGCCAUUUUAAAUGCUCAUGUUGGCGCGUGGCGUGCGUUAUAGAAUACAUUACAGUCAGCAAUCUAGUUCUCCUAUAUCUAUGGAGGUAUCACAUCCCCACACCUCCCCUCAAAACCCGACUAUUGAAAGCGGAUUUACAAUGCACAGAAUUAUGCCAAUGUGAAAAUAUGGAAAGCACAGAACUGAUAUAUAGUGAUGUUGAUGCGUAAGACAAAAGGAAUGGAAUGUUGUGCUCGAGCGAGCAGCCGCUCAUCGGGAGGAACCUCGACACAAAGAGCAGCUAUGUAAAGGAGACAAUGCUCCUCAGAAUAUUUUAAAAAUCAAGUGCCCCAGAUUGGCUAAAAAUGCAUUUGCCGUGCAACAUUUUUUACAUCACUCUAUAAUCUAUACAUUUAUAUGCUAUCACACUAUGAAUGAAGAUGCUAUGAAUGAAGAUGUAUGGAUUUCUGCGCUCAUUCUUACAGAACAGGUAACAUUCUUUCUAUUGGUUACAAAUUUUCGGUCCCGUGAUCUGAUACUUUUUCCACACCUGUACAUGGGGACACAAAUGCCUUCUCCAGACAGCCGACAGCAUCUUUAUAGAACUGCGAAUGCAAAAAAGCUUGUUAAACAAGAAGAUGCUCAUGUUUUGAAGCGAAUUUGAAGUGCACUGAACUUUGCCAGUGCAGCAAUUCUGAGAACAGUGAGAUAGAUGAAGAGCUAAUUGACAAUGUCAAUGACUUUGAUGAGGAGGCAGUGGAUUGUGAUGACGGGUGAAUUUGUGUAGUUUUACACGAAAAGAAAGCUAAUGUGCUAUUAAUUACUCUAUAGCGCUGAUUCCGUUUAUUAUUCAAGAGAAUUAUAAAAUCUACGACGAGGUGAAGCUGACCUGUCCUCAAUAAUAUUUAUUUGUUUCGCUUAUAUAUUUUUGUCUACCUGUUAGUCUUUGUAUGCUUCAUGUAACUUUAAUUUGUACAUAUUAUUUGUGUAAUUAGUUAGUUAACACACCCCUCAUGAAAAGCAGCUGAUGCUGAUGAAGCUAGCGUGUCAAAAUAAAGUAUUAUGUAUGUAUGUAUGUAUAGUCAUGGUAUUAAUUAUAUAGUAUUGUUUAAAAAUGUAUUUUAUAUAUUCACCAUUAAGCAUUUGAUAGUUUUUGGUUUACCAUCCAAAUAUCCAAGUACUACAGUAUGUCCAUUAUUCUGUCUUCAAAAUAUAAAACUGAAGUUUGUUUCGUCCUUUAUUACACACCAUAAAGAUGAAAUAUAUUGAACACAUAAGUUCAUAAUCUUGAAAGAAUGCCUGGUUUUGCUAAAUAUCUUCGUACAAAGCUAGAAAAUACGCUUUGUCGCAAUAAUAUAUGAAACUUGAAAAUCGUGUUGCUCAUUGCUUACAUCAGAUCUGAAUUCACACAUCUCAAGAGGAGGCAGUAGUGACCUAUCCUGUAUAGUUUUCACUAUGGCGCGCGAGUGACUGGUUCCAAGAGUACGCUAAUGUGCUAUUAAUUACAAAUUUGAGUAAUCUAAUUUGACUGCAAUAAAAAUAAUUGCUAUAUUUUCUCUGCUUUAACAUUUUGUUGGAAAAUUCUUUUUCGCUCUUGUUGAGAAUCAUUUUGGUCAAUGUAUUAUUUCAUAACCUAGAAGAUAACGGGUUUAGAGAGUCUGAUUUUCUGCAAAAUUGGCCAGACAAUAUUUUCGUAUUGAUUUCCCGUAUGGUCGCGAGAGUGCGACUAUACUUUUUUUAAAUCAAGCGCUAUAAACGCGUUAUCGUCUAGGUUUUGAUAUAAAACAUUGACCAAAACAAUUUGCAACAAGAGCGAAAAAGAGUUUCCAACAAAAACUUAAAAGCAGAGAAAAUAUAGCAAUUUUUAGUUUUAUUGCAGUCAAAUUAGAUUACUCAAAUUUAUAUACGCGACAUAGGGAAACAUUUCAAACACGGAUAUUUUCCGUUCUAGGUCGAAAUUUAAAAAAUGCCCACUGCAAAGUUUUAGAUUUUAAUGUGCUGCAUCAUAAUCUUUUGGUUUUAAAUUUAAAAGUUAAAAUUGAAUCUCACGGAAGCCCGAGAAGCCGGCAAUAUUUUCUAGCUCGCCUUGGUGUAAAUUUCUCGUUUCCUGCAUUAUGAUUAGCUGAGAGCGAAAGUGUGAAACAAAUGCGCUGAUUGGUCGAGCACGAAACCGGCCCUUAUUCGACACUCCACCCCCCCUACAAGGGCAGUAGAAAACAAUAAAUUGUUUCUCCCCAAAGCCAGGACCAACGCAGGAAAACGCAGGUUUUCGUUCCUGGCUCCUUCCUUGUGGAACAGUUUCCAGUCGUGGCAAAGAAACUUACCACGGUUUAGAUCGUUCUGUAAAGAACAUUUUAAGAACAAACUGUCUAAGAUGACUUAAAUGAACACAGAAAGAUUAUAUUAAUAUAAAAACUUUAAUUCUGAUUGUAAAAAUUCUUGAAAGUUAUAGAUUGUUAAUGUCGUGUGAUUGUGAUGUAUCUGUGUAUAUGUUGUGUGUUUGUGACGUAUCUGUGACUGUAUAUUUUACUUAUCUAAAGUAUGUUAACUGCAUGAAUAUCGUAACAUUCGAUGAAAUGUAUUUCUAGAACUUAUAUAAGAGGACCAGAUUGGAAACAAGCUGUAUACUGUAUAGCUUAAUUUAUCUGUAUAUCGUCGUUAAAUAAAGUGUGUUAAUAAUAUUAUUAUUAUUAUUAAUUCAAUAGACAAUCAAAAAUUUAGUUAUGAAUCAUUUAGACUGUAUGAUUUAUGUACGUGUUAGAUACUCUGCCCUCGACCAUUGAUUUAAACGACCCAAAUGUUACAAAAACUGCGCUUCUGUGACCUCCAAAUUUUAAAAUAUUUAUUGAUAUCGGACUGAAAUAUGUGCAUUAAUCACAUUUGCACAACUAGUCCGAUUUCGUAGCUCGAGACAUUGAACACUGAACUUAAACGAAUAUUCAAUAAGCCUUUCCUUAGUUGACGAGUGUUUAUGCUCAAGCUUGUCUGCCACGCUUCCAAGAAACUGUUGCCAUUGGCGUGGAGGUAAAGUGUGUCCUUGUAAAAAAGACUUAUUUUAAUGCCUGUCGUUAUCAGAUCUACGUGAUACCACUCCACGCGCCCAUCCUCAAUAGGCCUGAUUGGAUUCCGAUACGUAUACCCAUCAGCUCAAGAUCUUUGUCGGAAAGCACAGCCACUUGGCGUGGCACAAAGAAGUUUUUGGCGUUAAAAAAUUUAAAUGCAAAAGAUUGACGGGCUGGCGGACUGUGUGUGUUUAAGAAAUUGUGCACUAUAAAAAUAAUAUUGUACACUACUCAAGAGUAGUUAUCAAUAUAAUUCUUUAUAAUAUACGUAUCCUAAACUUUAUUUAAUCUAAUUAAAUUCACUUAAUUAAUUAGUCGCAGAGCCAGAAGUCCACGAGCAGUGUUCAGAUUGUUCAUAACAAUAAGACACAGAUACUACGUGAUCAGAGCUACGUGAUACCUCUCCACGGCCAUCAUCAAUAGACAAUGAGGCAGCUGCACCUGAUCAAGACUAUAUAUGGUGAAAAAAUGUGAGCAUGCAUGGAAAGCACCAUCCACGACUUUUAAAAACCUGUCAUUGUUAAUCGCCAUUCCCCAGAGCUACGUGUUUUAAAGGAGAUGUUGAAGUAUAAUACAACCCCCCCCCCUAAAAUCUCUGUCUAUAAUACUCGAUUAAGAUAAAACGAAAAAGAAAUGAAAAGACAAAAUAAUAUUGCACACUUCUCAAUAGUAGUUAUCAAUGUAGUUCUUUAUAAUUUUCGUAUCUUAAACUUUAUUCAAUCUAAAGUCCCUUAAUUAAUCGCAGAGCCAGAAGUCUGACACUGGACGAAAAAUUGGAUUUACCACUAUAGGAGACACAGA